AUGAAAAGAAAGAACGGUUUCCCAAGCUCGCGAGUGGAGGACAUCGAAUCCGAUGACUUUUCGGAGGAUGGCGUUGGAGACGACAGGCAAUUUGAAGACGACGACAUGGUAGAUGAGGCGCCAGAGGACGAUGUUUCAUCCGAAAGCGACGACGAAGAACAGCAGACAGGACGCCCGUACAACGAAUUGCUUCAACUGCUGCAAGCAAAUACCGAAUCCAAGGGGCCCGCCCGAAAGAAACGAAAGGUAGAGCACAAUGGGGGCGAGAAGGAGGAUGCGCUGCCACCAGCAGAAGACGAUUUAGAAGAGCCGGAGUCUUCAGAUGAAGAAGAAGAUCUCGUGGAGGAAGUGGAUGACCAGGAUGAGAGUGAUGAUGAGGAAGACGCCAACGACCCGUUCGACACGCAUUUCUCAAUGGUGGAAGAGAGUGAAUUAUCCAAUGCAGUCAAAGCAGCCAGCGACAAGAAAUGGAAAAGCACGAAGAAGGAGACCGCGAGCGGUUUGAAGUUGGUGCGCUCUAUUCCAGACACUGGUGAGGGCGACGCAUCUUUGUUGCCUCCGCUAAAAAACUUCUCAAGCGUGAAGCUUAAGAAAAAACUCGAUGGCCCGGCAGCAGAUCUAAUCCCUGCGAUGAGUGAUGAUGCUCAGCAGCUCGCUCCGUAUAUCUUUGGCUACCAGGAUGUCCUACAUGGAGCCAGGAACACUUCAAACUCGGCCACAUUGCGGGACCUUCUUGCUAUUCACGCUACCAACCAUGUUCUCAAGACCCGAGACCGGGUGCUGAAGAAUAACGCACGCGUUGCCAAGGAACAAGAUGCAGACCUCGACUUGCGCGACCAGGGAUUUACCCGACCCAAGGUGCUCUAUCUUUUGCCGACAAGACAAGCUUGCGUUCGGGUGGUGGAUUCCAUUACACGCUGCUUCCAACCCGAGCAACAGGAAAACAAGAAGCGCCUUUUGGACACGUUUUCUAGACCGGAUGACAAGUCCUGGGAGACUAAACCUGAGGAUUUCCGCGAGCUCUUUGGCGGUAAUGACGACGAUAUGUUCCGGCUAGGCCUCAAGUUCACCCGCAAGACCAUCAAAUAUUUUGCGCAGUUUUACAAUUCAGAUAUGAUUUUGGCAAGUCCACUUGGUCUACGGACAAUCAUGGACCAGGCCGAUGCAAAAAAGCGUGAUCAUGACUUCUUGUCCUCGAUCGAAGUUGUGAUUGUUGACCAUGCCGAUGCCUUGCUCAUGCAGAACUGGGACCACAUUGACUAUAUUCUUAACCAUCUCAAUUUGCAACCUCGCCAGGCACACGGGUGUGACUUUAGUCGAGUGCGGACUUGGUACCUGGACAACCAGGCGCGAUCUGUCCGCCAAAUGAUCAUGACGACCGCGUUCAUCACUCCGGAGAUGAACUCGGUGUUUUCGACGCAUAUGCAGAACUAUGCCGGGAAGAUCAAGGCGACCCCAGUCUACGCCGGAGCGAUCUCCGAGGUGCCGCUCCCGGUCUCUGUCAAGCAGACGUUCUCGCGCUUCGACAGUCUCACGCCGACGAAAGACCCCGAUGCGCGGUUCAAGCACUUCACCACCACGGUUCUAUCAUCUCUGGUCCGGAACAUCACCUCCAGCCGAGACAAGAGCUCCGUGGGGGGCACCCUGAUCUUCAUCCCGUCGUACCUGGAUUUCGUGCGCGUGCGCAAUCACUUCGCCACCUCCGCGCAGACCACAAACGUCUCGUUCGGCGCCAUCUCUGAGUACACCGAUGUGCGGGAGAUGUCGCGGGCGCGCACGCAUUUCAUGAACGGGCGGCAUUCGGUGCUGCUGUACACCGAGCGUCUGCACCAUUUCCGCCGGUAUCGGAUCCGGGGCGUGAAGCGGAUCGUCAUGUACGGGAUGCCAGAGAACCCAUUGUUCUGGGGCGAGAUCGUGAGCUUCCUCGGUCUGGAUGAGGCCGGCGUGGUGGAAGCCGCGGAGGGAGGGGUGCGGGCUCUGUUCUCCAAGUGGGAUGCGCUGAAGCUGGAACGUAUCGUGGGAACGAAGCGAGUGGGCAAUAUGUUACGGGAGAAAGGAGGGGAUACGUUCACUUUUGUCUAG